AUGGGCUUCAAUGCUAUUGCAAUAGUUAUUCAAGACUUCGAUGCUGUCAUGAACAAGGGUGUCUUCCAUGGAUACUCAUUAAUUACAGUUCUCAUGAUUCUCAACCAUGCGUUAAGCGGGCUUGCUGUAUCAAUGGUCAUGAAGUAUGCUGACAAUAUUGUGAAGGUGUAUUCUACUUCUGUGGCAAUGCUGCUGACCGCUGUUGUUUCUGUGUUUCUAUUUGGAUUUCAUCUCUCCCUUGCCUUCUUCCUUGGCUCCACCGUUGUUUCUGUCUCAAUAUAUCUACACUCACAUUGGGAAGCUGCAGAGAUAAUGAUGCCUCCCACCUUCUGAGUCCAGUUGAGUUGCCAGUGUAAAGGCUAAUGCUUUUGAAUUAUUUUCUUCUAAUAUUCUUUUUCCAUCUGAUUUCUUAAAAUCAUCAAUUCUGAUAACGUGUAAUUAAUAUUUUUUUGUGGGGCUUUAGUAGCUGCCACAAUUAGAUUAAAUCCUAGUGAGGUGGGCGAUGAUCCCUUACCUCAUUCACGGGAUUUGCUCAUCUUCUUCUCUUACCUAUGAUAGAAUGAAAUCCCUUUUGUCAGAGACGAUCGAAUUACACUUCCCCAACCCGUUAUGUGGAAUGGCGGUGAGCACCUUUUCC